GAGGCCGCGUCCGCUGAUAGACCCGCCCGGCUCCUUCCUCGAUUCGGCUCGUGCCAGUGCCCCGCGGAGCAGCGACCCCCGACCCCGCUUAAGGCCGGCCGGGAUGGGAGUGCAGGUGGAGACUAUCUCCCCCGGAGACGGGCGCACCUUCCCCAAGCGCGGCCAGACCUGCGUGGUGCACUACACGGGAAUGCUUGAAGAUGCGAAAAAGUUUGAUUCCUCCCGUGACAGAAAUAAGCCCUUCAAGUUUGUGAUGGGCAAGCAGGAGGUGAUUCGAGGCUGGGAAGAAGGAGUUGCCCAGAUGAGUGUGGGGCAGAGAGCAAAAAUGACCAUCUCUCCAGACUAUGCUUAUGGUACCACUGGUCACCCAGGCAUCAUUCCACCAAAUGCUACUCUCAUCUUUGAUGUGGAACUUAUAAAAUUGGAAUGACAGGAAUGAUUUCUUCCCCUAGCUCCCUGUUUCUUGAAUUUGACACAUGGAGGAGUCCAGAGUCUCAGCUUCAAGAAGAAGAAGAAGAAUGCACAUGAAUUUCUAUGGAGCUUUUCCCUGAUAUUCCACUACAUUCAUUGUAUAAACAUAUACCCCGAUUGAAUGUGUUAUCACUUGGCUUUGCUUCCAACUCCUCCUCCUUGUACAUGUGUUGUCUCUAAACUAUACACCGUAAACCUCAACUUGUUAAGGCAUUCAUCUUUUUGUUUUUGUUUUCGGGGUCUAGAUUUAAAUUGAAAUCUUUUGGGUAUAGAUUUAAGAUUAAGUGUAUGAUCAAGCAUUAACAGCACA